AUGCCGUCGCGCUUGAAUGCGCCUGCGCCGGUGUUGUCGUUAGACGCAGCCAAAAUGCACCAAAUAGACCCGGCCAACGCCUGCAGUUUGAUGGCCAUGUGGUCCAUCUUCUCAAAAUGCUCAGAGACACUCAAGGAUGGCCCUCGGUUAGAAAACAUGAGUUGGCGGGUGUGGUCUCGCGAGUCGUUAUGUGUGACACCAUCAGACUCUCCCCCAGCUAGAUCGAGUGGAGUACCUUCACUAUCCAAUUCUUACUCCUCAGACGACAGCUUGGAUGAGCGAGCUGCAUCUCCAGUGGACUCCAGUGCCAGAUCACGGUCAUUUGGUCACGAGGACUGUGCUAGCUCAUUAUCAAGAUCACGACAUAUGACACCUCGCACCCUAGAGAAGAUCGUGGUGGGCAUACAGGAAAAGGCCUCAUUAGGUCCCCUUUCUCCAUCUCUCGAAGCCAGCCUCACAGCCCUUCCAACUUCCCAUCAUGCCUCACCCUCCCAACCAAAACCGGAACCUUCCAUUCCUUUGGAAAAUCUCCAAAACUCAACCGACUCUUGUUUUUCCACCACCACAGAUGGCACCCUCGACACUGCCCGGCAAAGCGAGCACCGAAACUCAGAUACCUCGGUCUCUUCUACGGACGGCCUGAUCCGAAGUGGUUCGGUCGUUCAUGGAUUUUCGCCGGUUGCAUCAUCCUUUCGAAAGCCGAGCAAUUCUGGAAUUCAACUUGACGUAUCUUCCAAGCUCAUCCCAAGUAAAGGCAGGACUCUCAAGCCGGCAAUGUUUACUCUUGGGGGCUCUUCCGAGGAUGACGACUCCUCUUUUGAGCAGCGAGUCUUGUCAGUCAGACCUCCACCACAAAAGAGUUCAUUGUCCCAAAGCUUGAGCAAGAACAACUUGAAUGUCAAUGGAAGCUCCAACACUGCUCUACAGCCCAAGCGGACGUCUUUCAGAGAUGUAGUUGCUCAACGGAGGAUCCAAGAAGAUGCCGAGAAUGAUGAGGGGGCCAUUGAAAGUAGCGAUGAAGAGGAUGACACGGAUGAUGUGGUUGAGUCUGCCAUUGACGAGGAAGACGAGGAUGAUCCGGAUUGGGAGGAUUCCAACUCGGACGAUGGCAAGCCAGUACAUGAGAACCACAUGUUUCGAAGAGUGGAAAGCCGGCCUGAUUUGGUGUCACGAAGGUCGAUGUUAACAUUGGCGCUGAACAAGGGACAAGGAAGAUUGAACCACGCCUUCUCACAACCCGCAAUGCGGCAAUCGAGACCCUCGUCUCCCCAAGGAAGUUCUUUGGCAGCUUCUCCCGAGGAUGACGAUGAUGGUAUGGUGAUGCAAACAAGACCUCGAGCACCCAUUGCCAUUCCCCCACCCAAGGCGUCCGGAACAUCGGUGGCACAUUCUCCACGCACCACGCGUCGGAAUAUGCUAUCUACAGAAUUGACUGAAUCUCUCCGCAAGAACCUACUUUGGGAGAGACAACAGAAGUCACAGGCUGCCAAUGCCUUUCUGAAGCGAAGCCGGAAUGCACAAAGCAUGGCAAAUCUCCAAGCACAUACAGCACCCCCUCUAGGUCCUGCUCAACCCCCUCUCCCAGCAACCGAAACGUCGAAAAACAACUCGUGGAAUCACUAUUUCGACGACCGAUGGGAGUACAAUGCGAAAGGUUGGUGA